AUCGCCACAGGAAGUCGAGAAGGUUGCAUCCGGCGCCAGGAAAAGCGAGUGGGAUAUCCCAAUCCUUCGACUGCGAUAUCCCAAUUCUUCGACUGCAUCCUGGUCGCCUCUACUGUGGUCACCUUUGGGAAGAAAUGUCUUCUGUAAAAAGAAGUCCAAAGCAAGAAAUAGUUACCCAGUUUCACUGUUCAGCUGCUGAAGGAGAUAUUGCUAAGUUAACAGGAAUACUCAGUCAUUCUCCAUCUCUUCUCAAUGAAACUUCUGAAAAUGGCUGGACUGCUUUAAUGUAUGCAGCAAGGAAUGGGCACCCAGAGAUUGUCCAAUUUCUGCUUGAGAAAGGGUGUGACAGAUCAAUUGUCAAUAAAUCAAGGCAGACUGCACUGGAUAUUGCUGUAUUUUGGGGUUAUAAGCAUAUAGCUAAUUUACUAGCUACUGCUAAAGGUGGGAAGAAGCCUUGGUUCCUAACUAAUGAAGUGGAAGAAUGUGAAAAUUAUUUUAGCAAAACACUACUGGACCGGAAAAGUGAAAAGAGAAAUAAUUCUGACUGGCUACUAGCUAAAGAAAGCCAUCCAGCCACAGUUUUUAUUCUUUUCUCAGAUUUAAAUCCCUUGGUUACUCUAGGUGGCAAUAAAGAAAGUUUCCAACAACCAGAAGUUAGGCUUUGUCAGCUGAACUACAAAGAUAUAAAGGAUUAUUUGGCCCAGCCUGAGAAGAUCACCUUGAUUUUUCUUGGAGUGGAACUUGAAAUGAAAGACAAGCUACUUAAUUAUGCUGGUGAAGUCCCGAGAGAGGAGGAUGAUGGAUUGGUUGCCUGGUUUGCUCUAGGUAUAGAUCCUAUUGCUGCUGAAGAAUUCAAGCAAAGACAUGAAAAUUGUUACUUUCUUCAUCCUCCUAUGCCAGCCCUUCUGCAAUUGAAAGAAAAAGAAGCUGGGGUUGUAGCUCAAGCAAGAUCUGUUCUUGCCUGGCACAGUCGAUAUAAGUUUUGCCCAACCUGUGGAAAUGGAACUAAAAUUGAAGAAGGUGGAUAUAAGAGAGUAUGUUUAAAAGAAGACUGUCCUAGUCUCAAUGGCGUUCAUAAUACAUCAUACCCAAGAGUUGAUCCAGUAGUAAUCAUGCAAGUUAUUCAUCCAGAUGGGACCAGAUGUCUUUUAGGCAGGCAGAAAAGAUUUCCCCCAGGCAUGUUUACUUGCCUUGCUGGAUUUAUUGAGCCUGGAGAGACAAUAGAAGAUGCUGUUAGAAGAGAAGUAGAAGAGGAAAGUGGAGUCAAAGUUGGCCAUGUUCAGUAUGUCUCUUGUCAACCAUGGCCAAUGCCUUCCUCCUUAAUGAUUGGUUGCUUAGCUGUGGCAGUGUCUACAGAAAUUAAAGUUGACAAGAAUGAAAUAGAGGAUGCCCGCUGGUUCACUAGAGAACAGGUCCUGGAUGUUCUGACCAAAGGGAAGCAGCAGGCAUUCUUUGUGCCACCAAGCCGAGCUAUUGCACAUCAAUUAAUCAAACACUGGAUUAGAAUAAAUCCCAAUCUCUAAAU